AUGGAAGCGAAAAAAGAGAGAGAGAGAGUGUAUACAAAAAAGGAGUUUAAAAAAAUAGAAGCUGAUCAGCUGACGGUGGGAGAGUACACGGUGACGUGUAAGCUGGGCGGUGGGUCAUUGUCAACAGUGUGGAAAGCCGAGCACCGAACUAGCGGAAAAGUGGUGGCGCUUAAGCAAAUUGACCGACACAAGCUCACUCGCCAACUCAAGAAUUGCUUGGAUUGUGAACUCACUUUCUUGUCUUCUGUUCAUCACCCAAACAUCAUUCGCCUUUUUGAUGUUUUUGAGGCUGAAAACUCUACUUUCCUUGUCUUGGAGUUUUGUGCUGGAGGGGAUCUGGCUUCUUAUAUUCAGAAUCAUGGCAGAGUUCAAGAAUGUGUAGCUAGAAAAUUUAUGAAACAGAUUGGAGCUGGCCUAGAGGUACUAAGCAUGCACCAAAUCAUCCAUCGUGACUUGAAGCCAGAGAACAUUCUUUUAUCUAGCAUGGAGGACAACCCGAUUCUUAAGAUUGCUGAUUUUGGUCUCUCAAGAAUGUUAAAUCCAAACGACCUUGCAGAAACAGUUUGUGGGUCCCCUUUUUACAUGGCUCCAGAAAUUCUUCAAUUUAAAAAAUAUGAUGACAAGGUUGAUAUGUGGAGUCUCGGUGCAAUUCUUUUUGAACUACUUAAUGGUUACCCUCCCUUCCGUGGUAGAACUAGUGUUCAGAUACUGCAGAAUAUAAAGGCAUCUCUACGUCUUCCUUUCUAUGAGCCAAUUCUUCCGCAGUUGCACCCAGAUUGUGUUGACUUGUGCUCAAGACUAUUGUCUAUUGAUCCAGAGAAACGAAUCUCUUUUAAAGAGUUUUGUCAACAUGACUUUUUGAAGAUAGACGAAGGGGGAGAUGAAAGCUUCUGUUAGAGGUCAAAAGGAUCCAGAUAUCUCAAUGAGCAGAAGUGCUGACCGGUAUAACCAUCAAUGUUUAUACGUGGAUUCUGUUGUUCCUUUGUCACCUUAGUGAGAUCAGUUCUUUUUCCUGCUGAUUACUUUACACUAUUCACUGGUCGAUCAGUUUUGAAUCAUGUGAAGGUGUCAUUCUCAGAAAUCAACCUCAUCCCCUUAUGCAUCAUUUGUCUGUAAAUUGUCAUAUACAACCUGAUAUCAAUUUUACAUCCUAGUUCUCUUUUCACUGAUGAUUCACUCAGGUUUUACCCUUCUAAUAACUAGCUUGAGUAGCAUUGACUCCUAUACCAUCUAAACUAUCCUGCUUCAAGCCUUUCAUCUUUGGCCAUCAGAAUUAUAGGACAAUAAAUGGCUUUCUCUAAAUUCUUCAAAUUGAUCAUAUCAAGCUGGGGAAAUUUCUUCAGUAUAACUAGUGUCAGUGUCAUUUAUCUCCAAAACCAUCUAAAGUCUCCGUCCUCAAAAAUCAUCAUUCCUUGCCAUCUGAGUAGAGGACAAUUAACUGGUUUUCACAAAUUCACAUUGAUUAAAUGGAGUUCAUGAAAUUCCUUCACCUCUUGGGCAGCUGUUGUUUGCUGACGCAUUUAAAGAGCUCAGUACACUUGUCCCUUAUCAAAUAUGAAACUUGUCCUUCCAUUCUUAUUCUCCAAAAUCAGAGAAUGGUUGCAUGAAGUCUUUAAGAAGGUUGGCUACAUUUGACUUGGAAUGCAGCAAAAAGGUUCUCUUUCUAGAUGUUGAGCAUGAAAAUUGAGCAUCUUGCAGCAUCAUUUUCUUCAAUUUGGUCAGGGAAGUAUGUAGUGAGCUAGAGCAGUGCUUUUUAUAUCAGUUUUUUGUGUAUUGACUUAUAUUAUGCCUUGAAAGGAUGAUCAGAUGAAUCCUAACCCAAUCGUCUCCCUACUUGUGGGACUCUGUCGGACACUGCUAUGGACUAACAGAGAGAAGUUUGUCUACCCAAAGGGUGGAAGUCACUUCUUUUAUCAUAUGGUUCCCAUCUCAUAGACUGUUUCUCCAUGAGUUUAAGGGGUUCAUGAUGCUAAGGAAAUCAAUUCACCGAUACUGAAGCUUCUUCUCGCCCGCACACUUUCUCUUCCAUGUUAUAAAACGGGUCCAUCCAAUUCACAGUGUAUCAACAUCCCUGAAGUAAUUAAGUCUACUAAAUGGACCAAAUCAAUGAGAUCAUGGAGGUUUGAAAAUUUUGUUCAGCCAGAUGAAAAUUUUGACUCGGACGAUAAAAACUAUGGAGUUUUGAGAUCAUAUCU